UAUAUUCAUUAAAUAAAAGUUAAAAAAAAACAAUGAAAGAAAAAAUGAGUAACUGCUAUGUGUGUCCAUGAGUUCUCAAUGAUGUCCUUUAGGUUAAAUGAUAUAGAAAAGUCAUUUGGUGGUUGUGAGCUGGCUUUAAUAUUAUUAAAAUGCAAGUAAUAUUUUCCAGUAUGUUUCUUAAAGAAACACUGAACUUUUAAAAAAAUUAUUUGAAAGGCAGACAGAGAGCACUCCCAUCUGAGGGUUUCCUUCCUAAAUGCCCAUAACAGUCAGGGCUAAGACAGGCUAAUCCAGAUCUCCCAUGAGGGUGGUGGGGAUCCAUCUACUUGAGUCAUCAUCACCUUUUGCUUCCAAGGCUGUGCAUUAGCAAAAAGCUACAAUUGGGAGUAGAACCAGGACUCAAACUUCGGUACUCUAAUAUUGGAUGUGGGCAUCUCAAGUGAUGUUUUAACCACUACACCAAACACCUGCCCAAAAAACAUUUUUGAAGGUUAAUUAAUGGGGCUAAUGCUUGAAAGGCUUGUAGAGUUUCCAGAAAAUGUAUACUGCAUUAGUGCUUGGCACAAUAACGUAAUGGAGUCCACUUGUAUUUCCUUGAAAAGUUGUUAAUGUGAUUCUGUUAAAUUUCAGGAAAGAUUUCAGAAAACCCACCUGAAUUUACCUUAUUGGAAAUGUUGUUCUUUGUGAAGUGGGGUUAUAAGCACAGAGGUUUUGGCAUUUUCCUCUGUUGAGCCAGUGGAAUUCCAGCACAUUCUGCAAUGAGCCUGUUGAGCUCCCAUAUCAUGGAAAUUGGAGUGUUGGUUCUUGAGAGUUAGGAAUGACUGGAUUUUAACUCUCCAGUAUAAGAGAAUUAUUCUUUGAAAAUAAACCAGAUUUUAAUAAUCUAAUAGAUGUUAUCUACCAGAAUGUUUGUUUAUAGGAUCACAAGUAUCUUUUAAGGAUAUUGUAAUUGCUUAACAGCCAGUAAUUUCAACUAUGUUUUCACAUAUCCUUCUCAAAUGACCUUUCUCAGCUCUUCAGAGAAUUAAGCCUAAUGCUCUAAUGGUAUUCGUUAUACAUACUAUUUUUCAUGAUAUUAGUGAAUGUUAUGCAUCUAUUUUGGUACUAAUUAUGUUCCACUCUUGGCAGAAUCAUAUAUUUUCUUAAUUCUUUUCUGUGUGUAAUGAUUCAGAUGAGAAACCUAGGUAAGAAAGCCUGCCAUUUAGGCUUACGGACUUGUUAGAACUCUCAUUAUUCAUUUCCAGAUUGUUGCAUUAUUAGUUCCUGCUUUAAUUUUUAAAAUAGGAAGAGAGAAGGAGUUUAUUGAAGCUGUGACACACAUCAUUUGCAAUCCUCAUUUGAACUCUACCUCCAAAACAGUCUGAACUACAUCAAAGAGCUGACCUUCUCAGGUCUCUCCAAGCUUCCUGAGUCAACCUGGGGAUGAUGUGGACCUGGGCACUGUGGAUGCUCCCUUUUCUCUGCAAAUGCAGCCUGGCAGCUCUGCCAGCUAAGCCUGAGAACAUUUCUUGUGUCUACUACUAUAUGAAAAAUUUAACUUGCACAUGGAGUCCAGAGAGAGAAAUCAACCACACCAACUACACAGUUACGAGAAUGUACACAUAUGCAAAGAAAAAGGAGACUUGCAGGACCAACAGUUCUGCAAGUGAAAAUCGGCCUUCGUGUUCUUUCUUUCCUCCAAAAGUGACAAAUACAGAUUAUUUUACUGUUGAAGUGGAAGCAGAAAAUGCAGACGGUAUAGUGAAAUCUUAUGUGACAGAGUGGCACACAGACACCAUAGUGAAAACUGAACCACCUGAGAUUUUGAGUGUGAAACCAGUUUUGGGCGUCAAACGAAUGCUUCAAGUAAAAUGGAAAGCACCUGCACAGGCUCCCGAACCACCCAAUUUCUUAUACAGACUUCGCUUCUGGGCCAUCAAUAGUACAAGUCGGGGCUGUCUCGUCUUGCAGAAGAGACUGCAAUUCCCCAGCAACUAUGUAGACUAUGCCUACAACCUCACAGGACUGCAGGCGUCUACGGAGUAUGUCGUGAAUCUGCAGUGUAUGGUCAGAGAGUCAAAGUUCUGGAGCGACUUGAGCCGAGAAGAAAGGGGAGUAACGGAGGCGGAAGCUCCAUACGGCCUGGAACUGUGGCGGGUCCUGAGACCAGCUGAGGCAGAUGGAAAAAGGCCAGUGCGGCUGCUGUGGAAGAAAGCAAGAGGAGCCCCAGUCCUGGAGGAAACACUUUUCUACAACAUUCAGUACACUCCGGAAAACAAUCCUAACCUCACAGAGACAGAGAACACCACGGACCAGCAGUUCAAACUGCGUCUGGGCGGCGAGACCUAUCGGGUGACUGUGAGGUCUUACAAUUCUCUUGGGCCUUCCCCAGAGGCCAAGCUGAGGAUCCCAGCUAUCCGUGAAAAGCCAUUUCAGUGCAUCGAGGGCAUGCAGGCCAGGCUGGCUCAGGGCCUGCUGGUGGUGGAGUGGCAGAGCUGCAACCUGGAGGUGGACGCCUGGAUGGUUGAGUGGGUCCCAGAUUUGGACUCAGAACUUUCUGCCUUGUCCUGGGAAUCUGUGUCUGGGGCCAAGAAGUGGACAAUCCAGCAAGAUAAGUUAAAACCUUUGUGGUGCUAUAACAUCUCUGUGUAUCCAGUGUUGCAAGACGAAGUGGGCGAGCCAUAUUCUAUCCAGGCUUAUGCCAAAGAAGGCAUUCCAUCGAAAGGACCCGUGACCAAGGUGGAGAACAUUGGUCUGAAGACAGCCAGAAUCACAUGGAAAGAAAUUCCCAUGAGGGAGAGAAAUGGUUUCAUCAACAACUACACCAUAUUUUACCAAGCUGAAGAUGGAAGAGAAUUCUCCAAGACCGUCAACUCAAGCAUUCUUCAGUAUGACUUGGAGUCCUUGACACGGAAGACUUCCUAUGCUGUCCGGGUUAUGGCCAGUACCAGUGCUGGGGGACACAAUGGGACCACAAUAAACUUCAAGACGUUGUCGAUUAAUGUCCUUGAGAUUGUCCUUAUAACGUCUCUGGUUGGAGGAAGCCUCCUCCUUCUCUUCAUCCUGACUGUGGCCUACGGUCUCAAGAAGCCCAACAAACUGACUCACUUGUGUUGGCCCGAUGUUCCCAACCCUGCUGAAAGUAGUUUAGCUACGUGGCGUGGACAUAAUUUCAAGGGUGAGCGAAAUCUGAAGGAGUUGGAUGACGCUGGGAACACAGAAGACAGGAUCCUAAAAUCAUGUUCUGCCCCCAGCGACCUGAUCGACAAAUUGGUGGUGAACUUUGAGAAUUUUCUGGAAGAUGUUUCCACAGGGGAAGCCGGAAAGGGUUGGGAAAGCAUUUGGGGAGGGGAAAAGAACGAAUAUGUGACCCCCCCCUCCAGGCGUGACUGCCCCCCAGGGAGGGGUGUCGAGGGGGCCCUGCCUCUGACUGAGCCUCUUCCUGCUGGGCUGACCCAGCACCUGCUUCCCACAACGCGGGGAGGGGGCUGCUCCGAGGCCCCAGGGCAGCCCCUGCCCUCCGGCCCGGGUCUCGGGGAGGACGACGCGCCGACUCUGUAUUUGAAAAAUUCAGUGACAACCAGGGAAUUUCUCGUGUCUGAAGUCCUUCCGGACCACACCGAGAGACAAGCAUAAAUGCCGCGUGGCGGGAGGCCUCUAAGGCCCAGCGUGGGUGCCCCUGGCCCGGACGGGGGACGGGCCGCAGGCAGGAAGCCCGUCCCUGGCCCUCCCCGCCCUGCCCUGCCCUGCCCUGCCCUGCCCGGCGGCCUCCCCCGGCCCUGAGCCUGGCGGGCACGGCUGGGAGUGGGUGCUGCAAGAUGUCGGGUUGGUGACAGGCCAGAGAACUCUCUGGAGGAAGCGCGAUGCCAUCUUCUCUUGGUUUGAAAGGGGCCCAGCUCUGAGCCCUGCGGUGGACACUCCGGACUCUCCUCUGGAGCUGGGCCCCGGGCGCCAUCUUUGCCGAGCUCCAGGGGGACCGUGUCCCCGGACAGUCCGGGAGCCUGUGCUGUGGGCUUCCUCUGCGAGAGGAGCCCAGCUGGGGCCGCUUCCGAAGUCCUCGCGUCAGGCCUGUCUGGGUGACGCCUUUCAGGGAGAGGGCGGGGCCCCAGAUGGCUCGGCCCCUCUCCCGUCGCGGCAGCUGGGGACAUCUCUGGGGCAGUUCCCACGGCCACCCCAGCCCUCUCGCGGAUUCCUUCUUUACCCCUCUGCUCGCUCUCCUGGCCACCCCUGCCUAUCUCCUGCUUCUCCACUUCCUUUUUCUGGUCUGUUUCCUUUCCGUUUCCCUCCCUGGCCCCGUCAGCCUCUUUGGUCACUUUCCCUGUUCGCUUUGGCUCCCUCGGGGCAUGGGACCCUACCCCUGCAUUCAGCUGGCCCCUGCGGGGGUCUCAGGGAAGCCAGCAUUUCCUGCCCGGAGCGGGAGCCCCAGGUCCCCGGGCCCCACGCCCAGCUGUCCUGAGCACUCACAGGACCUGGGGCCUCCAUGCUCGGAAGCCGCUGGUGCCUUCCUCUCCCGGAUCGGUCACCAGCUGGUCCCAUGCAGAGCCCGGCUGUGCUUGCUGUUUGCUGUCAAAGCGCGAGUGUGGACGCAAGCAGGAUGACUGUGAUUUAGCGUGUUCAGUGGAAACUGAUAACAUCCCCUGGAAGGUUUUCUGGGGCUCUGGGGACUGCGCAGACUGCAAGGUCAGUGCCCUGUUGGUGGCCUUCCUUUACAGUAGUAGAAAAUUCUAGAAGAAUGGCCGAGAAGCCAUCCACGUGUUUAAAGACUGUCAUUUCUUUCUGGUGUCUUCGGAAGCGGCAGUUUGCAAGCACCAAGGAAGGGGUGGUUGGGAGAGGCAAGAGAUGGGAGAUGGGAGAGGACAGGCCUCUGGGGGGAUCGCUCCUCCCUGGGUGUGGGCAGGUCUGUGCCGGGCUUCCCAGCAUGCCCCUGGUCGCAGCUGCUGUGCCAUGGGUCUGCAAACUUGGGCCCUUGGCCUGAACCCCACUCCGGUUUUUUGUGGGGCCAUGCGUUAAAAAAUAGUGUUGACCUUGGUAAGUGGAGGGGAAGGAAAGCAGAUGAAGAGUAGUAUUUGGUGGCAGUGAGAAGCAGCUGAGGGUCACUUUUCAGCGUCCACAAAUGCAGCUUCAUCGGAACACUUCCGUGCCCACCACUUACACAUCAGCCACGGCUGCCUUGCCUCCCCAGACUCCCCAGCGCCUGAAACAGUCGCGCCUGGCCCUGGGUAGAAAGUCUGAGGAUGCCAGGUGGGAGGCUCUGCCCGCAGCGUGUUUUACCUUUGAAUCAGCUGCUCAUUAAAAAUCAAUGCAGGAUGUGCAUUGAUUCUUAAUUCCCACGUAAUGGGAACUGCCCCAGGGAGCACUCCCUGGCGCCCCCAGGCCUCCUGACUUCCUGCCCGAGCCCACAGCUAAGCUGGGGGCUGCCUUUACUCCACAGCAGUGGUUCUCAGCCAGGGCCUGGGCACCUUCACCCACACCCUGCAGGCCUCAGGCACUUGGCAAUGCGAGAACACGGCUUUGACGGCCAGGACUGGGAAGCACUAGCGGCAUCUAGUGGGUGGAGGCCGGCACUGCUGUCCUGAGCAACCUUCCCGGGGAAUUACCCGGCUCCUAGCAACAGCUGUGCCCAGUGGGAAAUCCCAGCGUGAACCUGCCUGUGCCUGCAGACCCACAGCCUUCGCCUGCUGGCUCAGCGCCCUGGAGAGCUUGCCGUGUCCCUGUUGUUUUAUCAUUAAUUUUGAUUUGGGCUUAACUCUAAAACAAUCCCGGGAGCUCGGAAUACCCAUCAUUUACUUCAUUCUUAGUUCAUUCUUGAUACGAACUGUGUGCACCUGUGUGCCCUUGCACCUAACUGCAAGUCAUCCUGUGAACCUGCUGGGCUCUCCCUUUUCUUUCCGCUGUAAUUUCAUAUGGAAAAUCUUGCAUGGACGUUGAGCGCAUGCUGAAGUGUGUCCGCUGCCAGAAGCCCAGGGUGUGCCUGUGUAUUCUGCUUUGCUCUGGUCUCUUCAGCGGGUAGGCUUGUUCUGUGCGUCCUCCCAGUUUGGAGAGCAGCUGCGCUACGCUUCUCCUCUCACCUCUGUCCUAGCUCCUUGGGGCUGAAAGUGGAGUUUCCGAGUCAGAGUUCUGUGGUCAUUGUCACACCUGGCAUGACUGCCAUUCAGAAAAAGGGCUGGGCUGUAGGACUUACCCUGCCAGAGGAGUCCGGGGUGCCCCCUGUGCUUCUCCAUUGAGAACCAGCUGCUCACCGCUGCACACCUGAUUCUGCUUUCUGUCGAUGGUUACAGAAACGUCAUCGACGAGGUGUGGUUGUAAUCAAGGUGUGCCGCAUUGUUGGUGCCUUGGGGGGUCUCAGGAAGAGGAGCGGGUGCUGCAGGCCAUUAGCAGUCCCCGUCUCCUCUACAGCUGUAACGGGACUCUGGGGUCAGUGGGUACAGAAGUGAUGGCUCCAGAAGCACAGAGAAUCCCCAUCCAUGUUAGAGAGCUAGGACCUUGAUGGCCCUCUGCCUACAAGACACCGGCCCCGUGCUAUGACGGUCGUGGGAGAGGCAAGGGGAGAAUUUGAUGAGGGGCAGAACUGCGGUCAGCAAAGGCUCCCGUGGCUGCUCAGGGCAAGCCUGCUGCGUGUCCUACUGAUUGCAUUCUCAGCGAUGGAAUUCCCUUGUCCAGCCCAGCUUCCUUAUCCAUGUGGACUAAAAUGCCAGGGAGGUGUCAUGAGGCCUGGGCUUUGAAACAGAAAUCAGAACGUGUCACCCUGGAAGGAUGCGCAGAGUAUUCUGGCCGGUCAUAGCGAUCAGGGAGAUGGAACCGGUGCCUGCAAGAGGGCUUCUGUCUGUGGGCUAGAAACGCUGUCGUGUCCACAGGUUGGUCAUCCGCUAGUGUAAGACGUGGUGCAUGUACAUGGAGCGAGAAAGCCUGGAUUUUAUGUGGGACUAGCUUUAAAACGCCUCUGAUACAUGCAUUCGUAUCAUCCUUCAGACAAUAAAGCUGUAAUACCAUUUUUGUAUAAUGCUAUUCUGUUUUUUUUUUUUUUUUUUAAGAUUUAUUUACUUACUUGACAGAGUCACCAAGAAAGAGGGAGAGAGAGAGAUGGAGAUCUUCAUCUGCUGGUUCACUCCCCAAAUGAUCACAAUAGCCAGGGCAGGGCCAGGCUAAAGCCAGGAGCCUGUAACUCCAUCUGGGUCUCCCACAUAGGUGGCAGGGGCAUAAGCACUUGGGCCGUCUUUUGCUGUUUUCCCAGGUGCAUUAACAGGGAGCUGAAUAAGAAGUAGAGCAGGCAGGACUCAAACUUGCACUCAUAUGGGAUGCCUGUAUCUGCAAGUAGCAGCUUAACCUGCUGUGGCGCAAUGCUGGUCCCUAUUCCUCUGUUUUAAAGUUUUACCUGCUCAGGGGCAUGCGUUUCUUGGAGAAGUCACGAUGUUGCUUGGGACUCCUGCAUCCCAUUUCAGAGUGCCUGGGUUCAAGACCUGUCUCUGCUCCCAAUUCCAGAUUCCUGCUGAUGUGCACCCGAGGAGGCAGCAGGUGACGACGCAAGGACACCUGGGAGACACCUGGAGCUGGUGUUCCCGGCUCCUGGCUCUGAGCCUGGCCCAUACAGGCGUUAGCGGAGUAAACCAGUGAGUGGGAGAUCUCUGUUUCUCUGCCUUUCGAAUGAAUACAAAGUUAACACAAAUGCAACCAUGUUAGGGCCCAAGGACCCUGGUGGCAGCAGGUGGCCAGCACUCAGCAGGUCAUCGGAGCAGGCUUCACCUCAAGGUUGCCCCUUCUUCCUGUUCUGCUCCUCUUGGCAGUGCCUCCAAACCCCUCCAGGCUCUGGGAGCUCCCCCGGGUCUCCCCUUGUGGCUCUCAGCAGAUGGCAUCACCCCCAUGCAUCUCUCCUGUCCUGCCCAGGUCAGACUGCUGGGGUGGCCUCACAGCGGAAGGCAGCCCGGCUCUCCCCUGGGCUGCAAAGCCCAUCAGCACCUUGACCUUGCCUGCAGCUCCAAUUUCCCCCUCUCCAGCGAGUCCUCCUCAUGUGUCUCCAGCUGCCCCUGGCUGCCGGCUGGGCCAGGCUGUGAGGCUGCAGCUCCAUGAAACUGAAGUCUUUAUUUUUUUUCCUUUUUUUGGGAGUGACCGCAGUGCACUGCUGUAACUCUCUAGACAUAGAGAAAGCAAGCACUUGAAAGCAGACAAAUUUGAGACGGGACAAGGACUCUAGGUGCCCAGAUAAAAAGCAAACAGCUGCCACUGGUCCAGGAGACGCCGUGGAGCGAGGUCACGCGCAGGGCCCCGGGCCCCACUCUGCACGUGACUAGCAUUAUCAAGGGCCAACACUCACCUGCACCGUUUCUGUGCCCGGCCCUGUGCUCACCACCCAGGAAUCAUCACAACGGUGCUAUGAGGUAGGCAGAACUGUGUGAUGACAGCAAGGAAACAGCUCAGAGAGAUUAGGAGACUUGGCCAAGCUUCUGUGACCGGAAGUGGUGGGUUGGGCCCAGGCCUUCUCACUCUCCCGUCUAUUCUGCCUCUGCUCGGCACUGACCGGUGAGCUGGGCCAGAGAGAGAGAGCAAAAGGGCAGAGGGGGGCCCUUCCAGAUCUCUUCUCGGUGGGCUGUGCAGACCCAUCCCUCCCCCCUGGGGGUCCACCAUGACCUUGGGAUUGGUUUUAGAGCAAGAGGAUUUGAGAGAGUGAGGCCAGAAGGGUGGACGGGGCACAGCAUUUACGCUUGCAGCGCCUGGAAUAAGUGACAGGAGACAGACAACCCAGGGGCCCAGAGCUGCAGGAGGGGUGUGAGACAGCUGCAGAAGCUAGGAAGGUCCCUUGAGAGCACAGGAUGUGAGGCCCGGUGCAGGGCCCCAGGAGCCAUGGGGAAGGAUGCACUCCCACGCUCCAUGGACAGAGUUACAUGUGGGACCCUACUCUCCCCACGAGUCCUCCCUUCCCACUCCUCUCUGCUCUUCUGCUGUGUGUUUCUUCGACCCCUCUUGGCUGACCUGCCCGUGAGCUGCAGAGUUCCUCAUGCUCUCUCUGUCCACGGCCAGCCUCAGCUGCGUCUACAGUGUUCUCCGUCUCCAUCAACCUCCCCGGAUGUACUUGUCGGGGCUGCUCACUGGAAACCUCCCCUGAGGAUGAACAGGUCCAAGGCCAACCCUCUGCUUCUCCUGCGCCAUGCUGCAGCUCUUUACUCUUCUGCUAGCCUAAGCUGGACGGCUGGAGCCAGUGAGACCCUCCUCCCUGCGCACCAGCAUCUGAUGGGUUGCUGCCUCUGACCCGGACCAAGAGCCACAAAGGCCAGGGCUGGGCCCGGCUGAAGCCAGGAGCCUGGAACUCCAUCCAGUGUCCCACGUGGGUGGAAGGGACCCAGGUACUCUGGCCAUCUUCCAGCUUCAAUGUCCCAAUACUUUCCCAGGUGCAUUAGCAGUGAGCUGGAUCAGAAGUGGAGCGGCCAGGACUCAAACCGGGCACCCCUAUGGGAUGCUGGCCACAACGCCGGCCCCCUGACCUGAGUCCUUGAGUAGCACCUUCAUUGGCCUCCCUGCCUUCAGUUCCGCCUCCCACCUGCCAGACCCUCCUGCUUGCCACUCGCAGAGGGAUGUCUCUGGCCCACUCCCCCACUCCCUGUGACUCGCAGGGAAAAUCUGAAGUCCUUACAUGAUGGCAGGCAGGGUUUGCUGCCCAUGUGCUACCCUUUGAAGGUGUUGGGAGGCCCACGUUCCUUCCCACAGGCCUUCCUGGAGGAAAAUUUUCCGGCCUUUUCAGCUUCUAGAGAAUUCCUUCCUUGGCUUGCCCUUCCUUAAUGUAGGAAGCCAGUUGGUUCUUAUCUGCUUGCUGAGGCUGGGCUUAGCCUGGGGCCUUGAAGCACAUCAUUAAGAUGUGUGAGAAGCCAUGUGUGUCCACCUCUCAGUGCUCCUGGCCCCGGACCAGCCUCGUGUGAGGUCAGAAGCCAGUGG